GGAUCCUUGGAGUACGUUGAACCCUUCCCUCGGUCUUGUUCCAUCUAUAAGUCAUGGCAAAUGGAGGUGGAGAUAAUACUAAUGCAGCUGUAGUUGAGGAAGAAGGAUCCUUGGAGUACGUUGAACCCUUCCCUCGGUCUUGUUCCAUCUAUAAGUCAUGGCAAAUGGAGGUGGAGAUAAUACUAAUGCAGCUGUAGUUGAGGAAGAAGAGCAGCAUGCAGAGGCUGUUUUCCUUAGCUACACAUUUCACAUGACGGCAAUGAGAAGUGAAAAUGAGGAGUCGAGGCCACUAAGUUCUGAAAUAGAAGAUGCAAGACAAAGUGACCGAGAUUUAGACAAUUUGGGGAAGCAAUUAGCUGCAAUUGGUGAUGACAUAUAUAAGCGAUAUGAGACAACAUUCGACAAUUUCCUUAAAGACUUGGACCCCAACCUGGAAAAUGCUUACGAUAUCUUCAAAAAAAUAGCUUCCAGUGUUUUUGAAACAGAGGUGAACUGGGGACGUAUUUUAACCCUGCUUGGUUUUGGGUAUCGGAUGGCUGUCUACAUUUGGAAAAAAGGACAGCAUGGAUUUUUAAAGAAAAUUGCUCGGUGUGUUGCUAGAUAUCUGGUGGAAAGUAGCAUUGCACGUUGGAUAGCCAGACAAGGUGGUUGGGAUGCUGUCCUUACACUAACUAAUAACAGUAUUAAAUAUGUACUCAUGGCUUUGGGUGUCGUUCUGAUCCUGCAAUUUGUAAUGUGUCGCUUAUCGUCAUCUGACCACUAAGGACUGGACAAAUUUGUUGGAAUAUGUUAGGCCAUCAAUCAGGUGAACGUCAUGAAUUAUGUCUAUUCAUACAUCCAUGAAGACUCCAAUUUGUGAAUAAACAAUGUUCCUUUUUAACCCAAUAUGAUCUAUGGGUUAAUUCUUAAAGACUAGAUUAUAUAUGUUUUGGAAUUUUCAUUUUAAAGACCAAGGGGAGAUUUAUCAGAUUCCACCUUUCAUUUUCCAGUGAAGCUGUGAAAAAUGAAAGAUGGAAUCUGGUUGCUAUGGGCAGUUCUACUUUGCACCAGUUUGAUAAAUCUCCCUCCCAAGCAAAGUCAUGUAAGAGCUAAUUUGUAACUUUUUGAUGUUACUGUCUCAGGGAAUAAAGGGAAAAUUGUUAUUCGAUAUCUUGAAUUUAUUCACGUUUUAAUAAAUGUCCCUUUUAACAA